CACCGCAGCGCAUCUUAACGUAUUCUUCUCCCCAUUAUCAUUCAUUCUCUCUCUGCUCUCUCCCUCUCUCUCUCCAAAGGUUCAGUUUCGUCGUGUACAAGCUUCGGUGAACAGUCUCUGCAAAUUCAUUCCUUGGACUCUUUGAAGGGAGUUGUGACAGUUGAUUACGUGCUGAGACAAUCCAGAGAUAGUAAAUAUGUUUUUUGACGGAUAUGGAUAUCAUGGAACGUCAUUUGAGCAAACAUAUCGAUGUUACCCUGCAUCUUUUAUUGAUAAGCCACAGAUUGAAAAUGGUGAUAAAAUUAUAAUGCCUCCCUCAGCCCUGGACCGCCUUGCAUCUCUUCAUAUUGAUUAUCCUAUGUUGUUUGAACUUCACAAUGCUGCUACCGAGCGCAUGUCUCAUUGUGGGGUUCUGGAGUUCAUUGCAGAAGAAGGCAUGAUAUACAUGCCUUACUGGAUGAUGGAGAACCUGCUGUUACAAGAAGGAGACAUAGUGCGAGUGAAAAAUGUGACUCUCCCAAAAGGGACAUAUGUUAGACUGCAACCCCAUACAAAAGACUUCUUGGAUAUUUCCAAUCCUAAGGCCAUCUUGGAGACGACUCUGAGGAAUUUUUCUUGCCUAACCACAGGAGAUAGUAUUAUGGUGGCAUACAAUAAUAAAAAAUAUUACAUAGAUAUUAUUGAAACAAAACCAUCUAAUGCAAUAAGUAUCAUUGAGACAGACUGUGAGGUGGACUUUGCACCUCCCCUUGAUUACAAGGAACCUGAAAAACCUGUUGCAACUGUUCCUUCAGGCAAGGCACCAGCAGGAGGUGAAGAGGUUCCAGCUGAGACUGAACCAAAGUUCAACCCAUUUACUGGAGCAGGGAGACGCUUAGAUGGAAAACCCUUGAAGUACGAGCCUCCACCUGUAUCUUCUUCUUCUGGGUCCAAAGAUAAGCGACCUGAUGUUGCCAGUGGUGGUGGGCAGCCUUCUACCGGGUCUAGUUCACAAGGUACCACUCGUCAGACUCAAGGGAAGCUCGUGUUUGGCUCAAAUGUAAACCGCACCAAAGAGCCCCAAAAGGUACACCUAUUUCAUCUAAGCCUCCGUUUGGGAAGAACUGCAAAAGAGCCUAAACAAGAGGAGCCUUCGAAGAAAGAUGAACCUAAGUUCCAGCCUUUUACGGGGAAGAAGUACUCGCUGAAGGGUUGAUUGGAAUGACUUGCCUCUAAAUUAUGUUGUUUGUUGCUGGGGCUUGUUUUAAGGAAACAAGGGAUUACAAGGAUCAUAUUGAGCUGAGAUGUUGUACUAUCAAAAAAUUGACAGUGGGUUCUUGUUUCAACUUGGAGAAAAGAAGUUUUAAGUUAUACAUUUUGUUUAUAAUGGGCUUGCAAUUGGCCGAUACUACCAGUUUUUCACAAGUUUGUGCCUAAUGCUCUGCCCUAGCAUUAUGCAUUGCUGUUGCCAAAAUGUGCAUCUUAAAUAGACAUUAUUGAGAUCUCUCUCUCCAUGAUUA